AUGAAAAAUAAAAUUCUUUUCGUAUUCAUCCUGAUAACUGGUACUGGCCUGUUGCUUUCAACACUUAUCAGCUGGAAAGCAGUAACAAAGCCUGUUGCGGACAAGGCAGUGCAGGCAUCCGUUGUAAAAGCAUUUUCAAUACUGCAAACCACCGGCGCCACCUUUAUCAGUAAAGCCAGGUGCGCCUCCUGUCAUCAUAGUACCAUGACCUCCAUGAUUUCUGCUACACUGAAGAAAAAGGGUAUCAGCAUCCUUGAUACCACUGCGGUAUUGCGUGAUAUGGCCAUGACGGGAACCCUGGAUUUUGUGGGCAACCCCAAUCUGAAUAACCAGUUCGUUUCCGCGAAAUUUCUCGCUCCCUACGUGCUGUUGGGCAUGGACGCUGAGCAACAUCCAGCUGAUUUUACCACUGACAUUGCAGUAAAUUACAUUAUCAGCCAGGCGCUGCCGGAUGGUAGUUUUAAAGCCGAAUAUGCAAGGGUGCCGCUGGAAUGCGGGGAUAUUCACCUGACGGCGCUCUCUAUACGUGCCAUACAAUUGUAUGCGCCGAAGGCAACGUUUGCACAUACGCAGGAAUUGGUACUGCGUACAAAACAAUGGCUGGAAAAACAGCAUUCUCCGGAUCAGCAGGAACUCAGUUUCCAGCUAUUGGGCCUGCACUGGUGCGGUAGCAAUAAAAACCUGCAGGCCGGCGUAGCGCAAUCCAUUAUUGCGCUGCAAAAUAAAGACGGUGGCUGGUCACAAUUACCCAGCAUGGCCAGCGAUGCAUAUGCCACGGGGCAAUCAAUGUAUGCGCUGAUUUUAUCGGGUGCCGCAGACAGCAGGUCGGAAGUUAUUCAGAAAGGAAUCCGUUACCUACUAGGCACACAGGACAAAACGGGUGCCUGGACGGUGGCCACACGCUCGAAUCCCAUACAGCCAUUCAUUAAUUCCAACUUUCCCCCAUACGACGAUAACCAGUUUAUUUCGGCGGCAGCUACCAAUUGGGCUGCGCUUGCCCUGGCGGAAGCACUGCCGGAUGCAAAAUAA